ACAAGCUGCAGGCACUGGGAGCCGGACCAGACCUCCGUCAGUCGGGAUAGAGAGAGGACUCUCACACAGAGAGACUCAAAGAAAGAAAGAAAGAAAGAAAGAGAUAGAUGAAAAGAAAUAAAAGAGAUGUGACAAACUUUUCAGGCAAAGUUUUAUGAAAGGCAGUUGUUCAGAUGAAGGAAAGUUAGCGGUCAAAAAAGUUCAAACUUCACAAGAACUUCACACUGCAGCGCAAUUUCUGGCAACACAAAAGUAAGCAGUAAAGUAAGUAGGACAAAAACCUUUUUCUUUUUUAUCUUUUCGUUUUUGUACAAAAGAGGAACGAAGAGAGAGAAGAAAAGAAGGACAAGCAGAAGCGAAGUGAAGACAGAGUGUGCGUGUGAGAGAGAGAGAGAGAGAGUGAGAGGGACGACAGGAUGAGCUGGACUGCUGAGUGUCCGCGGCGAGGCGGAGGAGGUGGACGAUCUCUGCUCUGGCUGCUGGCUCUGUCGCUGCUGACCGCCGCGUGGGGUCAGGAGCUGCGGGAGGGCGACGCCGUGUGCACGGAGGACAAGAGCUGCUUCGUGCUCUCCUUCCAGCGCAAGACCUUCCUGUACGCCUGGCGCAGCUGCAAGGAGCGCGGCGGGGACCUGGCCACCCUCAAGGACCCCGCCGACGCCGACGCCGUCCAGCGACUCUUCGCCGGCGCCGACCUCCGCCGGGGCCCCGGGCGGACGAACAAGCUGGUGCGCGCGUGGAUCGGGCUCCAGAGGCAGCCUCGGCAGUGCUCGGCCGCGCGGCCGCUCCGCGGGUUCAGCUGGGUGACGGGCGACCAGGACACGCGCUUCACCAACUGGCUCGGCCAGGACUCGGCCGCCGCCUGCGCCGCGCCCCGCUGCGUCGUCGUGGGAUACGCCGAGCCGUCCGACCCCGACAACCUCAAGUGGACGGACGGCCCCUGCUCCAUCACGGUGGACGCGUACCUGUGCAAGUACAACUACAAGGGCAUGUGUCCCAGCAUACCCGGCGAGGGCGGGGGAAACACCUUCUACAGCACGCCGUUCGACCUGCUGACCACCGACCUGAGCUACCUGCCGUACGGCUCGGUGGCCACCCUGCCCUGUCCGGCGGACACCGUCGGGGACCAGACCAUCCUGUGCACGGACAUGAGCGACGGCUCGGUGGACUGGUCCAGGCAGGCACCGUACUGCGCGGCCAAGCAGAGCUGGUGCGACCGGGACAACGGCGGCUGCCACCAGCUGUGCGUGGACAAGGAGGACAUGCACGUGUGCAUGUGCAUCGAGGGCUACGCGCUGGCCGAGGACGGGCUGAGCUGCGCGCCGGACGACCCGUGCCUGGGCGCGCCCUGCCAGUCCGAGUGCGUGCCGGUGCCCGACGGCGGCGGCUUCCGCUGCGACUGCCCGGCGGGCUACGUGCUGGAGCCGGACGAGCGCAGCUGCCGCGACCUGGACGAGUGCCAGCAGAUGCCCUGCGCGCACGAGUGCGACAACUCGCCCGGCUCGUACGCCUGCCGCUGCCUGGAGGGCUACCGGCCGGGCGAGGAGGGCGAGUGCGAGGACGUGGACGAGUGCGCGGCCGAGGACGGCGGCGGCGAGGGCCCGUGCGAGCACGCCUGCGAGAACACGCCCGGCGCGCACGUCUGCCACUGCCACCUGGGCUACGCGCCCGCGCCCGAGGACCCCAGCCGCUGCCGCGACAUCGACGAGUGCCAGAUCGAGCAGACGUGCGAGCGCAUGUGCAUCAACUACGAGGGCGGCUUCGAGUGCUACUGCCCGGAGGGCUACGAGCUGCGCGACGACCACUACUCCUGCCAGCCGCUGGGCGACGGGCGCCAGGACCCCACGGGCGCCACCCCUGCCGCCGCCUACCCCUGGCCGCCCGCCCUCAACGACUCCAUGUGGAGCCUCCCCUGGGGGCCGCAGCCCGACCAGGCGUACGACCCCGAGCCCACGGACUACGAGGACAACCCCGACUGGAUGGUGGGCCAGGGCGCCGUGUGGCCCCAGACACCGCUGGAGCCCUCCCCGCUGCCCGAGGAGCCCUACUACUCCGAGGCCCACACCGAGGGCCUGGGCGACUACGACUCCUACGAGAGCCUGGAGCCGCACACUCAGUUCCCCCCGCUGGUGGUGGAGGUGCUGGAGGUGCUGGAGUCCACCCCAGCUCCACCUCUGGAGCCCCCCACCCCCUCUCCCACCGCCCGCCAGGACACCACGCCGGACUACUACGACGAGGGAGAGGACGACGACGACGACGACACCUACGGACUCAAGACGACCACGGGCGCUCCCACCACCACGGUCAUCGAGGGGGCAUGGAACUGGCACUGGACCCCGGAGGAGGAGGAGAUUGCGCUCGGCAUCAGACCGCUCCAACCCUCGCCCUCGCCCACACCCACCGAGGGGGUCCUUCCAGAGGACACCACCCCCACGACCUCCUCUUCCUCCUCCUCUCCCGCUUCUCCGCCCUCCGGAGUGGACGUGCGGGGCUUGCCGUCCGAGGGCCAGCCCGGGGAGGGGAGCUCGUCAGCAGGGGAGGCGGGGGCUGGGCAGGGGGAGGAGGAGGAGGAGGAGGAGGAGGAGGGCAGCAGCUGGCUCCUGGUGGGGCUCCUGGUGCCGCUGUGCAUCUUCCUGCUGGUCCUGGUGGUCCUGGGCGCCAUCUACUGCACCCGCGUCAGCGCCUCCGCCAAGCCGCAGAGCAAGAGCUCCUCGGACUGCUACCACUGGAUCUCGGGCGCCGCCGACAAGGCCGGCACGGAGCACUCCGGAGCCGCCACCAAGUCCCACGUGUAGCAGGCUCGUGGGAGAAGGGGACGCGCGGACUAAUAACGAUGUAUAUAACAUGUCAUAUGAAGAGGACAGGGGGAACGCGACACGGUCAAAAGUGGACAGAGAUGGACCUUCAAGUGGACAUGAUGUCCCUUCUUCUUCUGUUU